CCAGGGUCGAUCUAGAUUUUGAACCAUAAUAUGUCAAGAAGAAGGCGGAGGAACUGAUGACGACAAGACAAGGGCGCGUACACUUUGACUGUUUUUGCAUUACAUUGUCUGGUCUUGGCAAUGGACACGAAAUUCUCGGACCAGCCGGACCUAGAGAGUAUCCAGCCAGAAAGACUCAUAAAGUAUCGGGUGAGCGAUGAUGGCUUCGCUGCUGAAGUGCUGCUGCCGGGUUUCACAUACACAGACUUUGACCAGAAAAUCGGAGGAAAGCUAAAUCUCUGGUCAUUGGCGAAAGUUUUUGAAGCAAUAAGGUUUACGGUUCUUCCUAAAGGGUUUGGUCAUUUUCCCAGGUUAAAGGACGAUGGGCAUUCCAUGUUUAUGGCCAGUGCGUUGUACAAAGUCACCGAUAAAGGCAAUGAGGUUACAUCACACUCUUACUGGGGAUUGCACACCCCUUUUCUGGCCAAUCUUAAAAUAUUUUAUGCCGGUACCUCAGCAUUCAGCUUUAACAUCCUGCUUAGCGACUAUAGGAGUGGCGAGACUCUUGUCAAAGCGGAGAUGUCAUUUGUGUACGUUGAUUUCAAAACACGGAAGCCAUGCCCGUUUCCUGACUGGUACAAUCAGCUCAAAGAAGGGCAAGAACUUACAAAGCCUUCCGAGAGACUGGUUACGCCAGAUAUUCCACAUGAAGCAUUCAAGUUUGACCUGCAGUCUGCGUUUAGUGACAUAGAUCACAACGGGCAUGUUAACCAGUCUGUGUAUGUGAAAUGGUGCACGGAUGCUGGAACGGAGGCGGCCCUGAAGGGUCACUACUCUGGAUUCAAGGGAAACAUAGGAACAUACCCUAUGAAUACUUUUGAAUUGAAAUACGUUGGAGAGGUGUUGGCCAAUGAACCUGUCGUGAUCAGCACCUGGCAAGACAAGGACAAUCAUCUUGUGUUGCAUUUUGUAAUUUCAAAAGAAAGCAAAGUAGCAGUAGUUGCAAAAUUUAUCUUUUUAUCUUUGGAAUAUCAACCAAAAGUUAAAUUGUAAGGUUGUGUUCUGUUGUGUUCUGUUCUGUCAAAACUUACGGGUGUUUUCAAAACUUGAAGGUGAACUAAAAUGAUGUGUUAUUGUUAUUGUCGUAUGAUACUGGAAUCCUAUGGUCUGGUCCUAUCAUUAUGUUUUGUUUGAUAUACUCAGUUGUCAAAUAAAGCUCUGGUGGCAUAUUAAACUGUUUCCUUUUAUGAUUGUGGGUGUUGUAAUGACACUAAACGUUAGUAAAUGUCGCAAAAACUUGUCCAAUACUCGACAAUUGUUCAGAACUUUGUUAAAGUUAACAACUCUGUUAACGUCAUUAUUGUUAACUUUCAAAUAUUUCCUACCAUUAAAAAUGCACUCUUAUUCCCAAAUAAGAUUUACCACAAUUAAAAUAUUGUUCUAAAUUCCAAAAAGGAUGA